GAAGUGGUGUGUGUUGGUGGAGGAGGAGGCGGCGGCAACAGGAAUCUAAAGGGGAGGGUUCGUGGAGUCGGGAAGAACUAGGAGCAAGAUGAAGGUGAAGAUGCUGAGCCGGAACCCGGACAGUUAUGUCCGCGAAACCAAACUGGACUUACAGAGAGUUCCAAGAAACUAUGAUCCUACCUUACAUCCUUUUGAGGUCCCACGAGAAUAUGUAAGAGCUUUAAAUGCCACCAAACUGGAACGGGUUUUUGCGAAACCGUUCCUUGCUUCCCUGGAUGGUCACCGAGACGGAGUCAGUUGCUUGGCAAAACAUCCGAAGAGUCUGGCUACUGUCCUUUCUGGGGCAUGUGAUGGAGAGGUUAGAAUUUGGAACUUAACUAAACGAAAAUGUAUUCAUACGGUACAAGCACAUGAAGGUUUUGUACGAGGAAUAUGUACUCGCUUUUGUGGGACUUCCUUUUUUACUGUUGGUGAUGACAAAACUGUGAAGCAGUGGAAAAUGGAUGGACCAGGCUAUGGAGAAGAGGAGGAACCAUUGCAUACAAUAUUAGGAAAGACAGUAUAUACAGGAAUUGAUCAUCACUGGAAAGAAGCUGUUUUUGCCACAUGUGGACAGCAAGUAGACAUUUGGGAUGAACAAAGAACCAGUCCUAUAUGUUCAAUGACUUGGGGAUUUGACAGUAUAAGCAGUGUUAAAUUUAACCCAAUUGAGACAUUUCUCUUGGGAAGUUGUGCUUCUGACAGGAAUAUAGUACUAUAUGAUAUGAGGCAAGCUACUCCUCUGAAAAAGGUCAUCUUAGAUAUGAGAACAAAUACAAUUUGCUGGAACCCUAUGGAAGCUUUCAUUUUUACUGCAGCAAACGAAGAUUACAACUUAUAUACUUUUGAUAUGCGUGCACUGGACACUCCUGUAAUGGUACAUAUGGAUCACGUAUCUGCCGUGCUUGAUGUGGAUUACUCUCCCACUGGGAAAGACUUUGUGUCUGCUAGUUUUGAUAAAUCUAUUCGAAUCUUUCCUGUGGACAAAAGUAGAAGCAGGGAAGUCUAUCACACAAAGAGAAUGCAACAUGUUAUCUGUGUAAAAUGGACUUCUGACAGCAAGUACAUUAUGUGUGGAUCUGAUGAAAUGAACAUUCGUCUAUGGAAAGCUAACGCUUCUGAAAAGUUGGGUGUGCUUACGUCACGAGAAAAAGCAGCCACAGAUUAUAACCAGAGGUUAAAGGAGAAAUUUCAACAUCAUCCUCACAUAAAACGUAUUUCUCGUCACCGACAUCUACCAAAAUCUAUCUACAGCCAGAUUCAGGAACAGCGCAUCAUGAAAGAAGCUCGUCGACGAAAGGAACUGAAUCGUAUCAAACAUAGCAAGCCUGGAUCUGUGCAGAGGGUGUCAGAGAAGAAGAAACGCGUAGUGGCAGUUGUGAAAUAAUAUUUGGUAUUCCUACCAAUACUGAUGUAUAAGUAUUUGUUAUGUUUUGAUUUGUGAACUCUACAAAUAAAAGUACUGGCUCUAGUAUA